AUGCCUACUCGUGAUGCUAAAUACAGAGAUGAGAUAUGUAAAUAUUAUUCGAAAUUAAGAAAUUUUAUAGAGAUCACAGGUCAUGCUCAGUUAACGAACAGCAAAAGAACUAAACGUGCCGAAAAGGCAAGAUCAAAGUUAUCAAGUUUAUCAACUAGACAAUUUUAUGAAUUGAAUUUGGACGUAAAUGAUGAACUUGAUAGACGUGUUGCUGAGGAAGAUUCCCAAUCAAUUACAUUAAAAGAAGGAGAAAAGGAGGCAGUUGAUAAACGUAAUAAUGCGAGAAAGAAAUUGGCUGCAUUGAAUGAGGUUCGAUUUGAUGAGUUGGUCAAUGAUUUAAUUUCAGAAAUCGAAUUGAGAGGAAUGGAUAAAAUUCUGAAAUCAGAUUAUGUAGAUCAAAAGGAGGCUGAGGGGACCUUAGUUUCCAGUUUUAAUAUGUCAGAUUUAGAUUCAAUUACUCCUAAAACAAUUAAUGACCUAGAAAUUAACCCAAAUGAUGAGUUGAAGGAUCCCUCAGUAGAUGAAAUUGAAGAAACGAUAGAUGUGGCGGUUAUUCCAGAUUCUCUAAGUAAUUCACCUUCUGAAUCUGAUAUUCUAAAACCAGAUAAUUCCCAAGUAAAUGUAGAUGAUAUGGUGCUGCAGUCUGCAGUUACUACUGAUACUCCUAAUGAUAUUAGUAAAUCUGAUCCAUUUUUUCAAACAUCCCAUGUGGUUCCAAUUAAGGCAUCGAUUGAUUGGUCUGAUGAUGAUGAGGAUGAGUCGCCUACAAAAAUGGAUCAACGUAGUAUUGUGGACAUUGAGACGAAAGACAAUUCUUCUACUACACAGGACAUAAACUUUAUUAAGACAACCGCAAAUAAUGGAACAUAUGAAUCCUUGUUGGAAGAAAAUAAGAAAUUGAAACAAGAACUGUACAUCUCAAAGAUGAAACAGAAUAAUACAACAGCACUGGCUUACUUAUCAAUUGAUAGUUUGAAUAUGGAUAAGAUGGAGCAGUAUGUUGAUAAUGACCUAGGGUAUAUCCCUGUUCAUAUGGCUGAAAAAUUCCAUGAUACGAUUAAUUACUUCUACAAGGUCAUAAGUGACCCGGAACAUAUACCAGCGUCUGAUAAGAAUGAUGACGAAUCAUCCCCGGAUACUACUUUGUUUAAAAUCGUUUUCCAAAUAUCGAAGGUUUGUUCCCAAAUCAUUACAUUGGUUGAUAUUCCAAUAUUUAAGCAGGAACUUAUUCUCCUUAAAGCUGCAAUCUCCCAAGCUAUUACCACAGUACGUUAUUAUUCGAUGUACGGUAGCCUUUUACCUAAAUUAACAGUGCAUGCGGCAAUUGCCGAUAUCUCAUUUUCAUUUUGUAAUUUAAUCAAGAUGACCAAACUUAAGACAAAUACAGACUUGUUUCAAACAUCGAUCUUAUCUGGAGUCAACAAUACACCAGGUUCCACUUUUAGUUUUACCAAAGAUCUUUUGAAUCAUAAUACUAAAGAAACUGAUAAAAUUGAAGUUGCUGCAAAACCGUUGAAAUUAGCAAGAAAUUUAAAAAAUCACAAGGUUGAUUAUCAGUUAACCCCAUCAAAGACUAAAACACCUGUCAGGAAUGGAAGUAAACGAAGAUCGAAGAGAUCAUCGUUUAGGAAAUCUAAACAGUCUGAUAAUGAAAUGGUAGCGCCAUGCAGAAAUCCUAGCAGAUCUGCUUCUAAAGGUACAAAUGUUCUCCGUGAAUCCCGUCAAGAUAGUUUUGAUUUUAAUAAGACACCAACAUUAUUGCAAAAUAAUUGCAAUCAAAAUAAUAUUACUCAAACUAAUCACAGUGUUUCAAGAAACGCAUCCAUUUCAUCAUCCACAAAUUCUGCCGGAGCAAAAUCAGCAUCUACAUCAAUUGGGUCUCGUAAAAACUCCAAGUCUUCCUCAGUAAAAUGGAAAAAUAAUAAAAAAAAGGUAGAUCAUAAACAUGAAAAGAUAGAUAACAAUAAUGGUAAACCUGUAGCAGUUUCACCAAACACCACCAAAUCCUCAAAAAAAUCUGCAAAAAGAUUUGCUGACAAAAUUAAAAAUUUUGGUAAUAACAACAGUUUAGGAUUGAGGAUGAUGCCAAGUGAAAAAUCAACUAAGGUGAAAUAG